AUUUAUACCUACAUAGACUAGCCGUAGUAGUCUUUAACCAUCGUUAUACCAUCUUUCCUCGGGGCGGAUGUGGGAUGUGAGCCCGCGUGUUCGAAUGAUGCGGUCCUCGGUAGGGAAACAUGGCCCCCAUGACAGGCGAUCCCUUUCGGGAUGCGUGCAUACCCCGCCAAAGGACAAGUAAUGUAGCCCAAGGGGCAUCCGACGUCGGGAUAGCGUCCUGGCUACGCCGGCCGCAACUCCAAGGGCGGCAGGCCUACAGCGACGUCAAGGUCUGGUAUGCGUCACCAAAGCUGAGUGUGGCCCUGAGCCAUCCAAGCUCGCCCGGCAACCGCGACGUAUCAUGUACGUGGACGCAAACAACCCCCAAUACUUUUUACAUGGAUCUGUUCAGCAUAAACCAAACUGUAUGCCCCGAAUCGAACCGAUUCUUCCAUCUCUUUGAUCCCGUACGUCAUCUCCCUGGCGAACAGUCUACUAGGGACACUUGCAUCGACCCUCGAUGUGUUACAGAUCAGAUCCCGAGAAAACAAACAGCCGCGCACUAUCUGAACGCCAUGACGAAUAACCGCGAAAUCUCCCCAUGAACAUCCGUGAGUAAAUGGUAACGUAUAUAUAGUCGAUUAAACAGCCUCAACUCCAAGCUC